AUGAUUUUCAACCCUGUACUAAGAUACAUCAGCCUGAGAAGACGGAGGCCGGUCCAAAGAUUGGGUCUGACCCACGGGUACUACAAAUGUCCGAAUAAUAACUGCGGGAGAAGUUACAAAGCCAAGGGAACUUUGUUAACGCACUUGAGGUACGAGUGUGGCCAAGCUCCGCGGUUUAUGUGCGCGUAUUGCGGGUUUAUCACCAGCUUCAAGAGCAAUCUUCGGAGACACUUGAACCAUCUUUACAUUUCUAACGUAUUUAUCGCAGAUAAAUUAUACCGAAGAUUUGUAGAGUCUCCAGAACUGGACUCAGGAAUUACAGAGUCAAAUUACACUGACAAUUUUGAGAUCAGCAACAAUUCGCAGUUAGUUCCAGAGCCGGUAAAAACCAAAACAAAUACUAAGAGAAGAAAUACAAAGAAGAAAAGGAAGAAAUACUCGUGUUCUAAUCCUGGAUGCAGCAGAGUGUUUAAAAUGAAGGGUUGUUUGAAGACUCACUCAAUGUACUGCGGAAAACCCUUGAGAUUCAUGUGCCCGCUCUGUAAAUACAGGUCCAAGUGGAACUGCUAUGUAAAGUCUCACAUUUCUAGAGUCCACAGUGGAGAAAACGCGAGUGUAAUUGACGUUUAUAAACCUUCGGAACAGUCUGAGGGGAGAUAUUUGUGCCCGAAUGACGAAUGUAGGAAGAAAUGUAGCAGCAAGAAGAUUUUAGAGAAUCAUAUUAAUUUUGAGUGUGAAAAAUUGACGCAAUUUAAGUGCUAUUAUUGCUCGUUUAGAGCGCACUUUAGGGAUGAUGUUAAAGAACAUUCUAUGAGAGAACAUAAGGACAAAGUUUGUCGGGUUAAUUUGGUUAUUGCUCAGUAA